UUUUAUUUCUUUUUAGUUUUGCGUCGUCAGAUUUCAUUCUCCUUUUGCGUUCUUCUUUCUAUAUAUCGACACACCGAACCGAACCGAAGGAAGGGAAAGAAACAGAAACGCAGGAGAGCAGAAGAAGAAGAAGAAGAAGAGAUGAAUAGGGUAAGAGGGAUAUGGAGAGAGGAAGAGAAGAGGGAGGAGGGAGGAUCACAUGAGCCUCCUCCGACAAUGCCUGUGAAGAAGCAAGGGGAUGGUGGAGGAGACCAACAACAACAACAACUCGACCGAUUUGACCCGGAAGCUGAAGAGAACAACCAACCAGAGGAUCUACAACACUCGACGCUUGAGAAGAAAGACGACGAACAAGAACAAGAAGAAGUGAAACGCGACGAAGCAGAGAAGGAGGAAGAAGAGGAAGAAGGUGAUGAAGAACCAGAAGAAGAUUCUAAGGAGAAAAGUCCAUCAGGAGACAAAUCAGAGUUUAUGGAAAUUGAUCUUGGGGAAAUCCGUAAAGACGUCCAGUGUCCUAUUUGCUUAGGAAUUAUAAAGAAAACAAGGACUGUGAUGGAGUGCCUGCACCGCUUCUGUCGGGAAUGUAUUGAUAAGUCCAUGAGAUUAGGGAACAACGAAUGUCCUGCUUGCAGGAAACACUGUGCAAGCCGUCGUUCUCUUAGAGACGACCCAAAGUUUGAUGCUCUUAUUGCAGCUUUGUUCACUAAUAUUGAUACCUAUGAGGAAGAGGAAUUCGCUUUCCACGAAGAUGACAAGGCUCGUAAUAAGCAGAUUCAAGCAUCUAUAGCUGAAAUAUCACAAAGACAAUCAGAGGCUCUUGUGAAAAGAAAAUCUUUUGGUAAAGAGGCAGCUGUUUUAAUGAGAUCACAGCGUAGUGGAAGUGGCUCCAGGAGGAGAAGGAACUCCAGAAACACGGAACAAAACGCUGAUGAAGCCCAUGAAGACGAUGAUAAUAAUGAAGAUCAUAACAACAACAACAACGGAGGAGGAGGAGGAGGCAGAGAUUCGUCUUCAGAUGAGCGUGGUCCAGAAGUCCGGGUGAGAAAACGUAGGAAACGGUCUGCAAACAACAACAAUGGUAACUGCGGAGAUAAAGAUACAGAAGUGUAUAGAGACAGCAGCAAAGGGAUAUCUCCGGGGCUUGUGUGGAAUCCUGAGAUGCUCGCUUGGGGAAGAAGCGCUACAAGGAGUAACCCCAGGCAUGAGAAUAAUACAACAGGAGGUAGUAGUAAGAGUGUGAGAAAUGCUCGCGUUAAUAAACUUGUGGAGUAUCUAAAACGCAGUAGCGUAGAUGGAAAGAGUGUUGAGGUGGAUAUUGAUGUCAAGCUUGUCUCACUGGAUACCAAAUGUGUACCAGACUUACCACAGCCAUAUCUCUGUUGCAGACCCACCUUCCUUGUGAAACAACUCCGUGAAUUUGUGGCACUUAAGAUGCAUUUGAAAACUGAAGAUGUUGAAUUGUUGGUAAAAAGAGGAUUAGGAGGAGAAGAUAAGGCAAUAGAGACUCUUCCUGCUUCAGCAGUAGUAUCCAAAGAUGAGAUGCAAAGUCUGGAAGACAAUGAAACAUUGUCGAAGCUCAAAACCGAUUUCAAUUCAAGCCAGGAACAACAUUUGACCAUAGCUUACAGGCAGAAGCAAACCGAGUGAAGAAACUUGGAGUUUGAAGUACGUGCUGCAAAACAACAACGUAUAUAUAAAGACGGAUCAAGGAUUAUAUAUCCCAGUUGGUUUUUGAUAUCUAUGGAGUUUUACAUUUGUGACGGUCCUUUUUUUUUUGCUUAUUGUAGACGAUGUUUAAUAUUUACGGAGCUAGUUCUUACAAGGGAAAUCUAUAUAUCAGUUGGAACUUGGAACACAGGAAGAUGGCUGUGGUUCAAGCGUUCUUGAACAGUAAUUUUUCUGCUGAUGCUUAAUCUUUUUACUUCA